AGGCGCACGCGCAGUGAGGACCGUUACUGGCUUCACUUCCUCCGCCCGCCGCUCUCUGUUGCUAGUCGCCGCCUUGUUGUCCCUCCUUCGGGCGAGACUCAGAGCGACGGAAUUCUAGUCCUAGCCUUGAUUCGUCGACAGAAUCGAGAUCACCAAAAGUAAAUAAACAAAACGAAGAAAUGAAAUACACGAAACGCAGCAACAAAAUCGAUUGAGCAUCAGCUUCUCCAAGCAGAGAGACAAGAAACGAAGCUGAAAAUGGGAGCGUUGUCCUUCUUCGCAGAAAUCCGUUGGUAUGGAGAAGGACAAAUGGCCCAUUUAGUGCUUUCUCCUUCGCUCCAUUCUGCUCGGACAAUGGCGAUGCGAUUCAGAGUUCCAAGGCCAAGAUCUUUGAUCGGCAACUUAAGCGUAAACAGCGAGACAGAGCUGCAUGGUUGAUGCGCCCAAAGGAUUCUUUGGUUGAUACCGUCGCUGAAAAUCUACUGGACCGCUUAGAGGAUUGUAAGAAGACUUUUCCCAGAGCAUUGUGCUUGGGAGGUUCUCUUGAAGCUAUCAGACGCGUGCUUCAUGGCCAUGGUUCCAUUGAAAAGCUCAUCAUGAUGGAUGCAUCUAGCGAAAUGGUAGAACUUUGUAAAAAAGCUAAGGUAGCUUCACCCAAUGAUAAUAUUGAGACAACAUUUGUAGUUGGUGAUGAAGAAUUUUUGCCUAUCAAGGAGAGCUCCGUGGAUUUGGUCAUUAGUUGCUUGGGGCUACACUGGACUAAUGAUUUACCGGGAGCAAUGAUACAGUGUAAAUUGGCUUUGAAACCUGAUGGCCUUUUUUUAGCUGCUAUACUUGGUGGAGAAACCCUUAAGGAGCUCAGAAUAGCUUGCACAGUUGCACAAAUGGAGCGUGAAGGAGGGAUUAGUCCCCGAGUAUCACCUUUGGCACAGGUACGGGAUGCAGGGAAUCUUUUGACGAGGGCAGGCUUCACUCUCCCAGGAGUUGAUGUUGAUGAGUAUAUAGUUAGAUAUCCAAGUGCUCUUGAGCUUAUAGAACAUCUGCGUGCCAUGGGUGAAACUAAUGCUCUUCUUCAAAGGAACGCUAUGCUAAAGAAGGACACAGCCUUGGCAACUGCAGCUAUUUAUGAUUCAAUGUUUGGUGCGGAAGAUGGCUCAGUUCCUGCAACCUUCCAGUUAUGUUUCGUAUGGCCCUUUUAGGAGGCUAAGGCCAAGUACGGUAGACCAUUAUUGACAAAGUCAAGGCUUUUCGCGGUUGUAAAUUUUGAUGCAAAAUGAUUCCUAAUGAAUUGGAAGUUGUGAUUUUUCCCCUUUUAUUUUUUCCCCUUUCAUCGGUAAGCUUUGAGGAAGCGUCAAAUUCCAUUCACAUUUUAGAUCAAGGCAUUGACCAUGUAAUUUUACAUGGCAAUGACUAAGUCGUUAGCCUUAUAGUCUUUCGUUCUGAAUUGUGCAAAAAGUAGAGUCCGGAUUCCCCCUUAUCAAAACCGGCAGGAAAUAAUUUCUUCUGGCAGCGACACUAAAUCCCAAAAGAGUUGAUGACAGCUGUGUUCCCAGAAAAAAUUGUUAAAAUAUGAGUUGCAAGUGUUGAUUUAUCUGGUUACAAACGUGAUAAUCUCAGUUGCAAAUCAGGCAUGUAAGUCUUCUACGUCACUCUUCCACUGACUUGUAGCUGUCAUUAAAUUGAACUUUUGGGACCUAACCGUUAUUCCCCGACUUUUUCACCUUUUUCAUUUUAAUAUUUUGAUGAUGUGUCAAGAUCCAUUCUUUUUAAUGUGCCAUGACUAGGGCUACAGCAUUGAAGUAGGUGUAUAAUUUCUUUGCUUCCCCCCCCCCCCCCCCGGGGCUAUGGGAAGGACGUAGAAAUUCUUCGCUUUCUUUUGUUGUGAUUUGCCAGCAGAACAUGGUUCGAGGAUGCCUUGAUGGUCACUAAGUUAUGCUUUG